AUGGCUUCUCUGCCUAGAGGAAUGGAACAUAUCGACCGCCGUGAAUUGUACACAUCCCUACCGGCGAGAACACAUUACCUCCAUCAGUUUCUCGAAUUCGGAGCCGAAGAUGUAGACGCCCUAAUUGACGGCCAGAAAUACAUCAAGAUGGUCAUUCCAGCCGUCGUCAACCUCGUCUACAAGAAGCUGCUCAAACACGAUAUCACCGCGAGAGUCUUCUCCAACCGCGACAGCCGGAACGAAGAGAACCCCGAUCGCUUCGUCGAAGAAGAUGGGAACGUCAUUCAGAAUCGGAAGAUCUUUUUGAGAUGGUACCUCACGAAACUUAACGGCGAUCCUACGAAGAUGGAGUACUGGGAGUAUCUCGAUAAAGUUGGUCUGAUGCACAUCGGCCUCGGCCGUCGCAAUCCUCUCCACGUCGACUACAUCUUCCUCGGGGCCUGUCUAGGCUACAUCCAAGACGCGCUAAUGGAGGCAAUCCUCUCGCAUCCCAAGCUUCAUUUGCAGCGCAAAAUCGCCAUCGUCAAAGCCAUUGGCAAAGUCGUCUGGAUUCAAAACGACCUUCUCGCAAAAUGGCAUGUCCGAGAUGGGGACGAGUACAUUGAAGAGGACCAUGACCAAGCUCAAGAGGAGCCAGAAGGAUACCUCCAUGGCAAGAAGAUCUUGGGGGAUGCGAGCUCCGGCAGUGGUGACGAGGCUUCUCUAAGGUCGAGUGGGAGUGGCAAGACGAGUCUGGGCCGAAGUGAGAAAGACGUUGAAGAGUCGAUGCCGAUGCGAUGUCCGUUCAGCGGGCUUGAAAUGGGUGAUCAACGAGCGGAGAUGACAAGGCCGGCAUUGAAAGGCAUGUUGGAUGAGGCAAGGCAAAGUCCAGCAAGAACGCCUCCAAGCGGGGCGCCCAAACUGCACUUGAUCGACGGCAAAGUCGUGGGCAAAGACAAGUUGGAUAUCGACUUAUUUGGAAAGACUUGA